AUGUUGAAAAGAAAUAAAGCAAAUGUUGUAAAUAAUACUGAAGUAGCUGAAGUUAAACAAACUCCAACGCCUUCACAAGCAAAACCUUCAAUGACUCCUGAACCUAUGGAAGUACAAACUCCUGUUCAAAAGUCAACUCCUAAACCGACUCCAACAUUUAAACCAGAACCUACUCCUCAAAUAAAUCGUAAAACUCCUGCGUUUCCUUACUGA